AUUGCUUUUAUGACUGUACAUAUUUAAUACAUACAGCGAGGGAGAGAGAAAGCGAUGAUGUGAAGGACUCCUGGAGAAGAGAAGAUGAUAAGGAAAUAAAACAGGUGUCUGGGAAGGGUUGCUGUUAGAGAAGGAAGAACUGAGCAUUAAUAGCCAUCAUUCAGAUGGGCAGGAGUUCUCUGCAGGUAGCAGACAGGAAAAGCGAACUCGUGCACCCUCUUUGGGGACAGGCUCUGUUGCUUUCUAUUUCUUCUCUUGCAGCCAGGGUACACAUUUACUUGAAACAGACUGUUAUUUCCUGUUCGGUGGCUGGUCAGGUUGACUCUUUAAGACUAGUGAACAUUUCUAAUGUAUCUUAUGCCUUUUUUUUUUUUUUUUUUUUUUUUUUUUUUUGAGGUUGAGUAGGGAAGAGAUCUGUUGAAAUUCUAGCUGGGUAAGUGGGGGAUUCUCAGAAAUGAGAAAGGGGGAAGGAAAACGAUGUAGAAGCCGGAGAGCACAGCAACAGCCCGAGACCCCCCUACCCCCCGCCUCCACUACUCUCGGCCCGCGACCUCCCGCGGAGACCCCAGGCGGCUGCAUCAAUAUUUGAUCGACCCUUCGCCCGCGCGCGCGUUGCCAGCACUCGCCGGUGGGGCUUGCCUGGCAUCGUCCGCGCUGCGCUGUAGCGCCGGGGCCCGCAGGGGGCUUUGGAAGGACCAGCUCUGCGCUCGCCCCCUCGCCAGGGCGGCUCUGCUUUGCGGCAGGGGCGCGGCGCCCACCAUGCGGGGCUGCCCGCGGCUGGCGCUGCUCUGUGCGCUGCUGCCCUGGCUCCUGCGGGCGGCGGCACCCCCGCGCCCCGCGCAACCCCUGGCGCGCGGAGACCCCCGCGACCCCGCCAGGGGCGCCGAUUUCGAUCGCGUCUACAGCGGCGUGGUGAGCCUCAGCACCGAGAACAUCUACUCCUUCAACUACACCAGCCAGCCUGGCCAGGUGAAUGCUGUGCGGGUAUAUGUGAACAGUUCCUCCGAGAACCUCGACUACCCAGUCCUCGUUGUGGUUCGCCAGCAAAAAGCGGUUCUGUCCUGGCAGGUUCCUCUGCUCUUCCAAGGACUAUACCAGAGGAGUUACAACUACCAGGAAGUGAGCCGCACCUUAUGUCCCUCCGAAGCAACCAAUGAAACAGGACCUCUGGAGCAACUGAUAUUUGUAGAUGUAGCCUCCAUGGCACCCCUGGGGGCCCAGUACAAACUGCUGGUUACCAAGAUCCAGCACUUCCAGCUACAGACAAAUGUUGCCUUUCACUUCACUGCCAGCCCCUCUCAACCUCAGUAUUUUCUAUACAAAUUUCCUGAUGAUGUGGACUCAGUUAUUAUUAAAGUCAGGUCUGAAAUGGCUUAUCCAUGUUCUGUUGUCUCAGUCCAGAAUAUCAUGUGCCCAGUAUAUGAUCUCGACCACAAUGUGGAAUUUAAUGGUGUCUAUCAGUCCAUGACCAAGAAAGCUGCCAUUACACUGCAGAAGAAGGAUUUUCCAGGCGAGCAGUUCUUCGUGGUAUUUGUGAUAAAGCCUGAAGAUUAUGCCUGUGGAGGAUCUUUCUUUAUCCAGGAAAAGGAGAACCAAACCUGGAAUCUACAACGAGCAAAGAACCUUAAAGUGACCAUUGUUCCUUCCAUUAAAGAAACUAUUUAUGUGAAAUCCAUCCUUCUCAGUUUCCUCAUCUUCUUCUCCUUCUACUUGGGAUGCCUGCUUAUUGCGUUUGUUCAUUAUAUCAGAUUUCAAAGAAAAUCCAUUGAUGGAAGCUUUGGUUCCAGUGAUGGCUCUGGAAAUAUGGCGGUGUCACAUCCCAUUGCUGCCAGCACCCCUGAAGGAAGCAAUUAUGGGGCAAUAGAGGAGUCAAGCUCCAGUCCUGGCAGGCAGAUGUCCUCCUCCGAUGGUGGGCAGCCAUGCCAGUCGGACACGGACAGCUCUGUGGAGGAGAGUGACUUCGACACCAUGCCAGACAUUGAGAGUGAUAAGAACAUCAUCCGGACCAAGAUGUUCCUUUACCUGUCAGAUCUGUCCAGGAAGGACCGGAGGAUUGUCAGCAAAAAAUAUAAAAUUUAUUUCUGGAACAUCAUCACCAUUGCUGUGUUUUAUGCACUGCCUGUGAUCCAGUUGGUCAUCACCUACCAGACAGUGGUGAAUGUCACAGGCAAUCAGGACAUCUGCUACUACAACUUCCUCUGUGCUCACCCAUUGGGCGUCCUGAGUGCCUUCAACAACAUUCUCAGUAACCUGGGCCACGUGCUCCUGGGCUUCCUCUUCCUGCUGAUAGUCUUGCGCCGAGACAUUCUCCAUCGCAGAGCCCUAGAGGCCAAGGACAUCUUUGCCAUGGAUUAUGGGAUUCCUAAACACUUUGGUGUUUUCUAUGCUAUGGGCAUCGCGUUGAUGAUGGAAGGAGUGCUCAGUGCUUGUUACCAUGUCUGUCCUAAUUACUCCAACUUCCAAUUUGACACCUCCUUCAUGUACAUGAUCGCCGGCCUCUGCAUGCUGAAGCUCUACCAGACCCGCCACCCAGACAUCAAUGCCAGUGCCUACGCUGCCUACGCCUCCUUCGCGGUGGUCAUCACGCUCACCGUCCUCGGAGUGGUGUUUGGAAAAAACGACCUGUGGUUCUGGAUCAUCUUCUCCGCAAUCCAUAUCUUGGCAUCUCUAGCCCUUAGCACCCAGAUCUACUACAUGGGUCGUUUCAAGAUAGAUGUGUCUGACACAGAUUUGGGGAUUUUCCGAAGGGCCGCUAUGGUGUUCUACACGGACUUCGUCCAGCAGUGCAGCCGGCCUCUGUAUAUGGAUAGAAUGGUGUUGCUCAUCGUGGGGAAUCUGGUUAACUGGUCCUUCGCCCUCUUUGGACUGAUCUAUCGACCCCGGGACUUCGCUUCCUACAUGCUGGGGAUCUUCAUCUGUAACCUGCUGCUCUACCUGGCCUUUUACAUCAUCAUGAAGGUGAGAGUGGGCACCGGGAGCCGCCCGCCCUGGGUCCGAAAAGGCCGCGAGCUGCAUCUGCUUUCCAUCCACAGCUCCGCAGCUCGGAGAAGCUCCUCCCCAUCCCGCUCUUCUGCAUCGUGGCCACGGCUGUGGUGUGGGCCUCCGCUCUGUACUUUUUCUUCCAGAAUCUCAGCAGCUGGGAGGGAACCCCAGCCGAAUCCCGGGAGAAGAACCGGGAGUGUAUCCUGCUCGAUUUCUUUGAUGACCAUGACAUCUGGCACUUCCUCUCUGCCACAGCCCUGUUUUUCUCAUUCUUGGUUUUGUUAACCCUGGAUGAUGACCUGGACGUGGUUCGGAGGGACCAGAUCCCUGUCUUCUGAGCCUCCAGCACUAAGAAAGGGAGGGGGAGCAAUCGAUCUCGGUGCUGUUUCAUGAAAAUACAGGGACCGCAGCAAAGUCACCACUGCCAAAUGCUCCACUCACCUCGUCAGGUCAACUUGGUGUGCGCUCACACAGGGAGGACAGGGGCAGGAGGGAGAUUCAAACCUGCAAGAAGGGAGGCGGAGGGGAAGCCACGGGUCUGGACAGAGGCAAUCCCUGAAGAGUCUAGAGACACCCAUCCCCUUGUGUUUGCAGCCCUGAGCUAAACGUGGACGCAAGCUGCAUCCAAGUCAACUCUGUCUUAGGACCCCUCCCGCCCUCCUCUGAGACUCGACGGCAAGGACAGAGUGAUGCUGCCCUCUUCUGUCCAGCUGCCUUCAGGCCCGGAGAGGCCAGCAGCUCAGAUCUCCUGCCCAGACACUUUUUAGAUGGGCCCCCUUCGCACCCCCACGAUAUCUGCUGCUUGACACAUCCCAGAGCACCAGCUCGCUUCUCCAGAGUCCAGGGGUGAUACAGCUCCUCAGAGUCUGGUGGAGGGCUGAACCCACGCCCUAGGGCUUAGUAGGACCAGCUAGUCACCUCCUUGGAAGGAACUCUGUAUGCGUCCCCCAGGUUCCUGACCCCAUUAGAAGGGCUCUGGAUUGGGCUUUGUCACGCACUCAUCCUAACAGGUAACUGUUCCCAGGACCACGGCUUGGGUGCUCACCUACUUGUUAGUGUCUUCAUGCCACCACUGUGUGUUGACCCCACAACUCAGGCUCUACUUUCCUGGGUUAGGCCCCGGCGUUCUCUCACCAGCUCCAAAAACUCUUCUAGCAGCAGAAGGAGUGAGAGAAAUGACCGACAGGGCUAAGAGACUGGUGACAUCAGCCUCCUGCAAACAGACCUCACCCUAAGGAAGUGGGUGCCUAGAGCACAUGCAGCAAAGCUGAAAUUGCCUCCUCGAGCGUCCAAUUCUAACAGCUCGAUUCUGUGCCCAUGUCACCUGUGGGGAAUAAAUAAUUGUUCAAACCAGGGAUGCUGCAUUGGGGGUCCUCUGCCACCGACCAAGCCCCUUACCUGUCACUUGAGGCAGGUUAGGGCCUCCAGAUUUUCUCUCUGAAGUUCUCUAGAAGUAACUCUCAGGAUGAACACAUUUUACUCAUCCUCUUGAGUUGCAGAGAGCAAGCUGAUUGAGGAUUGCUUCUUGGUUGCACCGGAUUCUCAUUCUCUCGCCAGUAAGGUGCUGCAAAGCCCACUUCACUGCCACCGUCUGACAUCUCUGCCCCUGCCACGCCCCAUUUGGACCACGCACCCGUGGUACCUGGAGGAAGAUGUAAUCAGAAAAGAGACAUAUGAAUGUGCACCCUAUAUAUAUUUGCCUGUGAAGUUGAAGUCACCUGUCACCUCUGCUUUCCUGAUCGUUCAUUAGGGAAAUGGAUCAGGCGUCCUUUUUGUUUAAAAAAGUAUUACUCUGUCUCUAAAAUAUUUGUAUAAUGUUCAAAGUCACAUUGCAGAAGUUUCAAUAGCAAACUUUCCCGGAUUUUAAAAACACAAAGAUGCUUUUAAUGAAACUUUUUGUGAUUUUCUUUUCUAAAAUGUUCCCAAACCUAUCAUUGCUUUUCUACUAUUCUUCCUUCCUUAAAAACUGUUGGCUUCCAUAGGCUAUAUAAAGGCCACCUAUAAAAAUAGUUGUGAUAGUCUAACAUCUAAAACAAAUUUCGAAUCCAUUUAAUAAUGGCUCAUUUGACCUAAUUCUUUUAUUUUAAUGCACUGAUGGCUUCAAUCAAAAAAAAAAAAAAAAGGUGCACUAAGGAAAUGUGGACAAAGUCUGUUCAAGUGGCCCUGUGGCCCAAAGUGAAUAAAUUGUGAGAUGCGUUA